UGAAAAAAAGCGAAACGAUGUCCGAAAUAUUUAACACGGAGUGUUUUAAUGAAAAUAGCAAAAUACGUAUUCAACGGCCUGGUGACAAAGAAAACUAUGUUAGGAGGAAAAUUCCUUUACAACGAUCUUUAUCUUCUUCAUCUACAUUUUCUUCAUCGCCAUUUCCUCAGUUAAUGACUCCGCCUGAUAUUUCAACAACUGAAGUUCGCCCGGCAAAUUCUUCGCCAUCUGCAGAUCCUUCGUUGUUAUUACAAAAUGAAACUGUUCCUGUUCCGUUAUUAAAAAAAAAGAAUCACAGAUCUAAAAAGCCAGCGAAUAAAACUACAAGCAGAAAGCUGUCAUCAUCCAAUGUUGAUAAAUAUAUGACUAGCAUGUCAAAAAUUGGAGAAGAAAUUGUUGCAGCCGGAAAGAAAAUAGCCACUGCUCUAGGUCGUUCUAUUCCAAGCAAUAACCUAAUCUUUGAAGGUAUAGCUGAAACAUUGACACGCAUAGCAUCUUCAACAGAAAGUUUAGCCAGCUCUGCUAAAAGAAUUGUUUGUUCACUGGAAACGAUUACUUCGGCUGAAUCUAAAACUCAAUAAAUGUAUUUACGAGUUAUUAUAAGCAUAAAAUAAAU